GUGGUCGGAUAACGGCAUGUGUUCUGUACACGUGUGGCGUAGCGAAGCUGUAAAAGCAAAGAAAGAAGAGAAAAAGAGAAGGGAGAUUGAGAAUCGCUAACCUGCGCCCGACGCCACAGAAACCCUCGAAAUCUCUUCUCAAAACCAAACCCCAGCAGCAGCAGCAGCCACCAAGCAAGCACUCGCCGCAGGCGCGAUGGAGGCGGAAAACGCCGCUCCGGGUCAUCCGGCCGUCGUGGAUGCCGGUGAGCCGUACGAUUGGAGCAAGGAAGACGACGCCAUGGACGAAGAUCAUCAUCACCACCCUCCAUCACAGACCGAGGCCCCAUCUCCCGUUCCGGAAGUUAUUCGGGAGGAGAUCCAAUCAAAUUUGCAGUCAUUGCACUUGGAGCCAAAAGGGAAAGACAAGGAAAUGACUGAAGAAGUUAUUGAAGAAGAUGAAAAGGAAGAUAAUAAGAAGCGGCAUCUGAAUGUUGUAUUUAUCGGUCACGUGGAUGCUGGUAAGUCAACCACUGGUGGGCAGAUACUCUUCCUCAGUGGUCAGGUUGAUGAUAGAACGAUUCAGAAAUAUGAGAAGGAAGCUAAGGACAAAAGCCGAGAAAGCUGGUACAUGGCAUAUAUCAUGGACACUAAUGAGGAGGAACGUGUAAAGGGAAAGACAGUAGAGGUUGGUAGAGCUCAUUUUGAGACGGAAAGUACAAGAUUCACAAUUUUGGAUGCUCCGGGUCACAAGAGUUAUGUCCCAAACAUGAUUAGUGGUGCAUCUCAAGCUGAUGUUGGAGUUCUGGUGAUAUCUGCUCGAAAGGGUGAGUUUGAAACUGGGUACGAGAGAGGCGGACAGACCCGCGAACAUGUCCAACUCGCAAAAACUCUGGGUGUUUCUAAGCUGCUUGUCGUUGUCAACAAAAUGGACGAUCCUACUGUGCAGUGGUCUAAAGAGAGGUUUGAUGAAAUACAAUUAAAGAUGUUACCAUUUCUAAAGUCAUCAGGUUACAAUGUGAAGAAAGAUGUUCAGUUUCUUCCAAUAUCUGGUCUCGUUGGUUCUAACAUGAAAACUAGAGUGGAAAAAAGCUUGUGUAGUUGGUGGGAUGGUCCAUGUCUUUUUGAAGCUCUGGAUGCUGUAGAAAUUCCUGCACGAGAUCCUCAAGGUUCACUUAGGAUGCCAAUAAUUGAUAAAUUUAAAGACAUGGGAACAGUUGUUAUGGGCAAAAUAGAGUCUGGUAGUAUCCGUGAAGGUGACACCUUGUUGGUCAUGCCCAAUAAGGCUAAUGUGAAAGUUUUGGCUGUAUAUUGUGACGAAAAUAAAGUAAAACGUGCCGGGCCUGGUGAAAAUGUCAGGGUUAAAUUGUCAGGAGUUGAAGAAGAGGAUAUUCUAGCUGGUUUUGUUUUAUCAAGUAUUGCAAAGCCAAUAGCCGCAGUUUUUGAAUUUGAUGCUCAGCUGCAGAUCCUGGAGUUGCUUGACAAUGCGAUUUUCACGGCCGGUUACAAGGCGAUAUUGCACAUUCAUGCGGUUGUUGAGGAGUGUGAGAUUGUUGCAUUGCUACAGCAAAUUGAUCCUAAGACAAGGAAACCCAUGAAGAAGAAAGUCCUUUUCGUGAAGAACGGAGCUGUUGUUGUAUGCCGCAUUCAGGUGAAUAACUUAAUUUGCAUCGAGAAUUUCUCUGAUUUUCCACAGCUUGGAAGGUUUACCCUUCGUUCUGAAGGAAAAACAAUUGCUGUUGGGAAAGUUACUGCCCUUCCCCCCUCAGGAAGCUCUGCAUAUUCCUCUUCAACAGUUUUGGGGUAGAAGGCAAGAAGUUUCUUACCUUUUGUGCAUUCUCCUUGUUCUUCAUAUUUUACAUCUUUGUUUCGUUACAGUUUAUGUUUUUCUUUGUGAGUAUUGGUCCUGAGACUGCAAAUGUAGCUUAGACUUAGGAUUCUGCAUAGGUAGGGUCCAUUGUUGGAUCCAGACCAUUGAUCAGGCCCCAUUGUCAACUGGGGAUGCCCAACCCACCCCCAAUCUCAGACUGGAAAAUUCCAUUCUUUUGGCAUACUUUCCAUUUGAUAUGUGUCAUAAGUUGAUAUCAUAUAUUAUUAAUAUAAUUAUCCAUCGAUUAUUGAAACUGUCAAAUGAUUCAAAUCAUAACAGGAAAACACAUAACAUAUACUGAUAUACACUAUCAUGUAUUCAUGUGUUGAUGAUUAAGUCCAGGUGUUUUACCUUGUCAAUCAUAAAAAAAUACAAUCAUAGGAAUUAACUUUAUUAAGAUAAGAAAAAAACAACAAAAAUAUAAAAAACAAAGAACAGGUGAAACCGGUUGAUCCAUAUCUCCAUUUUCCCCAAUUGAUUUUUGAAAACAUUCAAAAAAUUAUGGAAUGGUUGAAAAUACGUAAAACAACAAAAUCACUGCACAUGGUUAGUAGAUCUAUGUCCAAACAACAAAUAGAUCAUCUACGUUGAACCAAAUAAUAAUUUUUUAUUUCCCAAUCUGAUUUUUAAGAAAGUAAAAAAAAUAAUAAUUGAAAAUUGCCAAAAGAUUAGCAAAAAGACGUUAAAAUAACAUUAUAGCAUAUAACCUACACUACCAUUUUCAAAGAACUUAGAUUUAUGAGUAAACAACAUAAAUCUAUAAUUUCCCCAAAGAAAUUUUGAAAAAAAUAAA